GCGCGCAAGCGCGGUCGGCAGCGAAUUGGAAGGGGCCCUGUGGGGCUGGUAGGACGGGAGGGAACUGGCAUCAUUGACAGUGGCUUCAGUCCCACUGGGAGACGGUGAGGCUGAGUCAGUCAGACACCUCACUCUCUGGGGGAUAGUGCCAGUUAGUUCGAGCACCGUGUCGAUACUAACACAGAUUUCCGUCCGCACACACACACACGCACCCCAGAGAAGGAGUGGCAGUUAGCUUCGGCCGUUGGUUGUCUCAUGCUCUCGUUUUUAUAUCGGUCGUGAAAAGAAAUGUGUGCAACGCCACGAUCUUAUCAUCAGAGAUAACGCUGCGUGAGCCGUGCUGGACUUACUACCAGAGACUGAUCUCUGGGAUGGUAGGACUGUUGUAUGAAGAUAGACAGACUGAUUCGAACUAUAUCUACUGGCAUUCAGAAGAACGAGGGGACUCAGAGUAACAUUUAGCAUCCUGACAGACUAGGUGGGGUAAAUGCACAAAGGAUAUUCCUGAUGAUUGACUGACAAAUCAAGAACAAGAGCUUGCAGUCCAAUGAUCUCAGUGUAUCAGAAGUCAGGUUGAAAUCGCAGAACCUAUUUACUCUUCACCUCAACAUUUGCAUUUUCUGUGUCUCUGUGCAUCCAUGUUUUCAGAUGUUGCUGACCUCACCAUCAUUUAUUGCCCAUCUCAGUUGAACCUGUGAAGGUGGUGGUAGGAUGCUCCUUUGAACCACUAUAGUCUAUGGGGAAUCAAUAUACUUAAAAUGGUGUUCGGGAACGUGUUCCAGAAUUUUGUUCCAGAUGAUCAAGAUCACCGGUCUUACCAGUGCUCUUGUGGGAACAUCUACAAAUGACAGAAACAUUCAUUCACAAGUUGACAUAGGCGAGAACAUUGACUGAACUAGUCCACAGAUAAUCUUGCCUUGCUGCUGAGUGCAAACCUGAUAUUCCUGUGUGACAUUUUGCUGAAGGAAUCAUGCCAGCGUUAUCAACAGGAUCUGGAAAUGAUACAGGUCUGUAUGAAUUGUUGGCUUCCUUGCCAACCCAGCUGCAGUCACAUGUGAACAGCCAGGAAGAUCUGACCUUCCUACGGGAUAUGUUUGGUGAAAAAAGCCUUCAUUCACUAGUGAAGAUCCAUGAAAAGCUGCAACAGUAUGAGAGACAGAGCCCGACACCCAUUCUUCAUAAUGUAGCCACUUUGGCAGAUGAUCUCACUGAGGAUCUGCACAACACACCAAUGAACAGUGAGAUCAGAGAAUUGGUGAAGCUACUAUCACAGCCCCACCUCAAGGCUUUACUGUCGGUUCAUGACACAGUGGCUAUGAAGAAUUAUGACCCUGUAUUGCCCCCUAUGCCUGAUGAUCUUGAUGACGAUGAAGAUUCAGUGAAAAUAAUUCGACUUGUUAAAAACAAAGAGCCUCUGGGAGCCACAAUACGAAGAGAUGAAAGCACUGGUGCUAUUGUUGUGGCAAGAAUCAUGCGAGGAGGAGCUGCAGACAGAAGUGGUCUUAUCCAUAUUGGAGACGAGCUGAAGGAAGUUAAUGGAAUUGAGGUUGAUGAUAAAAGACCUGAGGAAAUCAUUCAAAUAUUGGCCCAGUCACAAGGAGCAAUAACUUUUAAAAUAAUUCCUGGCAUUAAAGAGGAGACUCCAACUAAAGAAAGCAAAAUGUUUGUCAGGACUUUAUUUGAUUAUGACCCUAAUGAGGAUAAAGCAAUUCCAUGUAAAGAAGCUGGGCUCUCUUUCAAGAAGGGAGAUAUCCUUCAGAUCGUCAGCCAGGAUGAUGCAACUUGGUGGCAAGCCAAACGCGAAUGUGAUGCCAAUCUGAGAGCAGGACUAAUUCCUUCAAAGCAGUUCCAGGAGAGGAGAUUUGCACUUCGAAGGCCUAUAGCAUUUGUUCAGCCUCAAAGGAAUUCCAAUCGACGAUCAUAUGAGGAAACUCUUGAGAGUGAGGAAUUUGAAGAAGAUGCUGAAUAUGGUGACCUUGUCAGUGGAUUCUAUAUAGCUGGUCUCAGAAGAAGUUUUCGACUGAGCAGAAAAGAUAGAAAGACUAAUAAAUCUAUGUAUGAAAGUAAAAGAAGCGAACAGUACGACACAGCAGAUGUACCAACAUACGAAGAGGUUGUCUCUUAUCAGCAUCAACCUAAUGAAAAGUACAGACUGGUAGUGCUCGUUGGCCCUCCAGGAGUUGGGCUGAACGAGCUGAAAAGGAAAUUGCUGAUCAGUGAUUCACAGCACUAUGGUGUAACAGUUCCAUAUACAACAAGGCCAAAAAGAAGCCAGGAAACUGACGGAGUGGAAUAUCAUUUUAUUUCCAAGCACUUGUUUGAGACAGAUGUACAAAAUAACAAAUUCAUUGAACAUGGAGAAUACAGAGGGAAUUUGUAUGGAACAAGUAUAGAUUCUAUUCGACAUGUAUUGGCUAAGAAUAAAGUGUGCCUGUUGGAUAUACAAUGUCAUACAAUAAAACAUCUGAGGACAUUGGAAUUUAAACCAUAUGUAAUAUUCAUCAAGCCACCAUCACUUGAACGCCUCAGAGAAACCAGAAAGAAUGCAAAAAUCAUUUCAAGCAAAGAUGACAAAGGCUCUGCCAAACCAUUCACGGAAGAAGAUCUUCAAGAAAUGAUCAAAUCUGCAGAACUAAUUGAUGCCCAGUGCUCUCAUCUCUUUGACAAAAUCAUUGUGAAUGAUGACCUUGCAAUUGCUUACAAAGAGCUGAAAACUACCUUAGAUAAUCUGGAGAAAAAUCAUUUCUGGAUUCCAGUCAAUUGGCUACAUUCAUAAAGGCACAAAAGGGAAUAAUAAUAUUGAUAGUAACAUAACUGGACGUUGUUUGGAAACCUGGUAAUAUUGGUCAUUCCCGGAACAGUGGAUGGUGCUUUGAAGUAGAACAUUGCCACUUUUUGUUGCACUUUUAAUGUUCAAUAGCAAAUGAUGUUACUUUUGCUACUUGUAAGCUUUCAUCUACCUGAAAUGAGCAGUGCUAAAAUAUUUUCACUACUUGGGGAAUAAACAUAGACACUUUCUGGUUUUGCUACUGAUUAUGACCUUAGGAGGUGACAGGGAUUUUAUUUUUUAAAACACUGAAAUAUAAGUGUAUUUUAGUAAAUUGUAGGUGAUAUUCGUUUUAAGUGAAAACACAAAUAUAUGAUCGAGGUUGCUGAUUAAAAAAAAAGAUGCAGUGCACCCAGGCAUGGUGUAUCGGUGGUUCUGUCUUAGCAUGACAUUAGAACCAGAGGAAUUUGUGUGUCUUGUACAAUAAAAGGAAUUCUAGUGAAAUAUUAUAUACAAAGAGAAUUAUUUGGAAAAUUUGGUGUUUGCCAUGUUAAUAAUGUGGUUCAUAACCGUAUUUUAAAAGGUGUUGGUUAUUAAUACCUGUACAAAACCUGGUAUUAAAUCAUGCUCAACAUUCCAUGUAAAUUUACCUCACUAAUUUGUGUUGAUAAUGGCACCAAGUGGUGCAUUGUAGUUGUAUUUUGCUUGGUGAGAUACAUAUGGUUUGUAAAUCAGAGUUUUAUUAUAUGUCAAGAAUCUCACAGAUAAAAAGUUGUACUUCCUUGCUUUCUUUUGAAAAAAAAUUUCCUAGGUAUCCCAGAUUAAUAAAUUACCAAACUUAAUUUCUCAGUGGUGUUUUUAGUGAAGUGAGCGAUUAUGAUAUCCCAAGCAGCUCUAUGAAAAUGUUACUCGGUUGUAAUGUGCAAUUUUAAGUGAAUUUGAUGUACUGCAGUAUCUACAAAUAUUAAAAUCAUGACUUGUGUUAUCUUUAUCAGAG